UAUUGCUUACGACUAACCUUACAAGAAAGGAGGUGUGUCCAAAUGGCUAAAAUGGCGUCGUAUUCUGAGGACCAGUUGGCCGGUGAGUGAAAUCUUAUUUGAAUUGAGGUCGAAGACUUGCCUAGUUUUUAAGUUUUACCUUAUUUGGACAUGAAUUGAAAGUUAGUUUCUUGCAGCAAUUGUGUUUCUGAUUUGAUUUGAUGUUGAAUGUUUAGUGUGCGUUCCGCCUUCGGUUUGUUCAGUCAAUAAUUUCUCAUCUAGUAAAUACCCUUUUGAAAAAAUGUACGGUUUUGAAAUAGUGCAUAAGGUAAUGACUUCAGUGGAAGAGUUCCAGGAGGCCUUCCAGCUGUUUGAUAGCAGGGGUGACAAUAAAAUCCACGUAUCUCAGAUCGGAGAUGCAUUGAGAGCUCUUGGUCAGAAUCCUACCGAAUCUGAUGUCAAGAAAUUCGCUCAUCAACAUAAACCAGAUGAGAGAAUAAGCUUCGAAGUUUUCUUGCCCAUUUACCAAGCCAUUUCCAAGGCUAGAACAAGCGAUACUGCCGAUGAUUUCAUUGAAGGGCUGAGACACUUCGACAAGGAUGGAAAUGGCUUCAUUUCAUCCGCCGAGCUUCGCCAUCUGUUGACAACUUUGGGUGAAAAACUGCUUGAUGAGGAAGUUGAGCAACUUCUGGCUGGACAAGAAGACUCUCAGGGCAACGUUAAUUACGAAGAGUUUGUCAACAUGAUUAUGUCUGGUUAAUCGAUUAUUUUAGAGUUGAUAAUCACUGGUUCAUAACAUUUCAUAUUAGGGUUAAUAAUAAUAUUGAAUCUUCACUUAUUCACUUAUAUUGGCAUUUUUACUCUUAUUGCAUGGUUCUAUUCAUUUCAGUUGGCAAUAUCUAAGAGUAUUGAGUACCAACCUGGAUAUAUAAUUCCAUCAGUCUUGUUUACAUCCCUGGUAUAUCACCAAGAAAUGGAAAUAUCCUUUAUUAGAUGGAGUCAGAACUUUCAAGUCCUAAUCUUGAAUCGAGCUUGCUCAGAUACCUUUACAAAUGAUUCAUUGGGGAUAUUGCCACAACAUUUUUAUCACUGAUUACAAUAGUAGUCCUCUUAUUUUUUAAUGUUUAAACCAAAUUAGUAUUUAGAAAUAAUUUUCAUUUUUAUUACCGUAAUGUAUCGAUAUUAUUCAUUUGGAGUUGGUUAAACUGAUUUUCCAAUCUUCUUCUUUGGUUUUAAUUUUUUCUAACACCUAGUGUUGUGAUAAUCGUUGUUUAUCUGUUAUUUACAAUAAUUUAAAACUCGUAUCACCUACAGUAAUGUGCUGUAGGCUUGCAGGUUGGGUUCAAGGCAUUCCUUCAAAAUUGAUUCCAAUAUCUUGACUGAAUCUAUGUUUGGAUAAAAAUUGUUCUUUUUGUACUUGUAUAACAAGCAUUUUUUAAUUUUCAUUUCAAUUAUUUUAGAUGGCUUCAAUUAACAGUUGAAACUGCACAUUUAAGUUCUGUAUUGAAUUGAUGUUUUAUUUUAAUAUUGUGUUUAAAAAAAAUAUUUUAAUUUAUAUUACGAAAUCAUAAAGAAAACUUUUUAUGUUAUAAAUUCACAAGCCAUGCUAUAUAGUACUUAUUUUUCAUUCAUAUUAUAAAUAUUCCUUUUAAAUGUAUUAUGCUUGUUAAAUAAUUAUAAUUUAUUCAUAAAUUAUUAACCUUUUUAUCAUAUUUAUAUACUGCAGACUUUGAGUGAAAUUUCUUGAAUUCUGAAAUUAUAAAAAAUAUUUUAUGCAAUAAAUGUUUAUAUUCUUUGUAUA